CGCUGCCAUCGUAACUGCAGCCGCAACCAGAGUCGCAGCCACAGCUUGUCUCCUGGACGGAACCCGGCCGUGUGCGGUUCCCGCGGCCAUGUCGCUGAGGACGCUGCCGUUGCUCGUCCUCAACCUGGGUGGGGAGAUGCUCUACAUCGUGGACCAGCGGCUGCGCGCGCAAAGCAUCCCGGGAGACAAGGCGCGCCAAGAUGAAUGGACUGAUGUGGACAGGAGACGAGUUAUGAAUGACAUCAUAGGGGGUAUAUUCAAUAAAAAGUUUAUGGACGAGCUGUUUAAGCCGCAGGAGCUCUAUUCCAGGAAGGCCCUGAGGACAGUUUUUGAGCGUCUGGUUCAUGCCUCAAUCAUGAGACUGAAUGCACCCAGUAUGGAUAAGCUCUACGAUCUAAUGACCAUGGCAUUCAAGUACCAAGUUCUACUCUGCCCUCGUCCCAAAGACCUUUUACUCAUCACUUUCAACCACCUGGAUGCUAUCAAAGAUUUCAUUUAUGAAGCACCCAAAACUCUGGCCCAGGUUGAUGCAACCUUUAGGAAACUCAUUGAUACAUACGGCUCUCUCUCUGCUGGCGAACUUCAGCUCAUCCGGCAGACAUUGCUCAUCUUCUUCCAGGACAUACACAUCAGGGUUUCCAUCCUCCUCAAAGAUAAAGUACAGAACUCAAAUGGCCAUUUUGUACUGCCAACCUCUGGUCCAGUUCCUUGGGGAACAGAGGUUCCAGGGCUCAUCAGACUUUUCAACAGUAAAGGGGAUGAAAUUAAGAGGACUGAGUUCGUCAGUGGUGGAAAUUACCAGCUUCCAUAUCGAGAAGGCUCAUUCGACCUCUAUGGAGACAGAGUAAUCAAAUUGGGAACAAACAUAUACAGCAUCAGUCGGCCUGUAGAGACAGACAUGUCGGGGGCAGCCAAAAAUUUGGCAUCUCGUGUAAAGGAGAAUACUGCUCCAAACCCUCUGGCUAAAGAAGAGCUGAACUUCUUGGCCAGACUCAUGGGAAGCCUGGACAUCAAGAAGCCUCUUGGCAACGAGGCUGGUUUCCGGCUGAAUCUCUUCACCACAGAUGAGGAGGAAGAACAUGCUGCACUGACCCGUCCAGAGGAAUUAUUGUAUCAAGUUAUCAACAUACAAGCAGACAAGGACCCUCAACGGAAUGAGGAGCUGGCUCGCAUCAUGGGAGAGUUCGAGGUCGCAGAAGAACCAAAGGAGAGGAUCAGCAAGGGUGCUGACUUGUUGGCAAUGAUGGAUGAGCUGGAUGCUGAGCAUGAAUGCAAGUCUCUCCCAUCUUGAGGUGGAGAGCAUCUGGCAGUCAGCCUGCUGUAGAACAGAGCAGUUACCAAGACCAUCCAUUUUUGUUGGGGUCACUAAGGCUGGAUGUUGCUUAGAUGUGUUUGACGAAUUCUGUCUCUGGCUUUGGUGAAAUGGGGUCAUGGUCAAAAAGCAGCUUCAUUCCUGUGCUAAUAAGGACCUAGAUUGUGCCUCCCAGGGUUAAAAGCUGGAGCAUCUGGAAAGAAAGUGGGCAUUUAUGUCCUGUGUGCAUACACAGAUUCCCUCUAUAGGCUUCCUAAUUAAAGGUCCAAACUGUGUUAUAUCACUAGUUAAGUUUGUGAGUGUGUUAUAACACGAGCAGAAAGACCAGUUCCUUCAUUUUGUUUAUGGGGACCAAGUUUUUAAUGGUGUUGCAACCAAGGUCUUUUUAGUUGCAGCAAUAAAGACCAGAAACAAGA